AUGGGAGAAACCAAGUCAGUGAAAGUAAGCCAUGACAUGGUAAAAGAGUGUUAAUAUGUAAGUAGUUCUUAUUAAGAAUUUUUGAGGAGAGCCAAAUACGCUGGCCCUCGUCUUAUUCUGAUAAAGGAUUCUGGUAAGAAGGUGUUUGAUGGAUUCUUAUUGAGUUCAUGGAGACUAUCUAAGAAUGAAUUUUUUGGAUUGAGAGAAUAAUUUUUUUUUAUCUGUCUAUAUAAUCACACAAGGAUAUUAAAGGGGAGCCAAAAAAAUAGGUGUUUUUAGAUGGCUGAUGAGACUGGAUUCAGCAUUGGAGCAGAAGACAAAUAAGUGAUUGAUAAUAGAAUGUAGAUAUGGUUUAUUUAUAAGCAGUUCAUUUAGUAAGAGGUUAUCUAUCUGAUCCGAGUGAAACUUUCGAUAAUGAAGGGUUAUAGAGUGAAGAUAAUUUUCAAAUUCAAGAAUUUGAGAUUUGGGGCUUGGAUGAGGAAACAGUGCAUUAGAUAAAAUUAUAAGAUCAGAAAAGAUCAAUAUUUACAAAAUGAUUAUUAAUAAUAGUGUGAGAACGAUGAAAAUGUUUUGGUUUGUGUUAAGUGUACAUAAGGGUUGUGCGAAGAAUGUUUCAAAUAGUUCGGAGGACAGGAUUUUGAGGCCUUGUGUCCUGUUUGCCAGAUGUCCAGUGUUUUCAGGUAAACUUAGGUGGAGAUCUGUGAGGCUUGUGCAGACAUUCAUGAGAGUGAGUAGGAGGAGAUGGAGUGCCUUUAUAAAUCAAUGAAUUUAAUGAAGGAGAAGAUGAAUUAACUAUUUUUUGUUGGAUAACAGAGGUUGAAGAGAGUAGAAUUAUUGAAAUAAUAAAUAUAAAUAAAUGAAAAUGAAAUUAAUAUGAUCAAAGCACAAACCUAGAUUAUAUGA